UGAUGAGGAUUUAGAAAAGUUGGGGAUUACUGACCAUCUAACGAGAUCAACAUUAGGAGCACAUUUUUGGGUUAUUCAAGUUGACCAUGCAAUAAAGUUUGGAUUACCUAUACCAAAAAAAAAUUUUGUCAGGGAUUGGAAACAAUUAUAUGGGAAAGAAGUUUUAGAAGAUUUUUCUGCAUACUUGGACUUAAUUAGAAUGAAACGAUUAGCUCCAUUAUUUAAAAAUAAAAAAUUUGAAGAUAUUUUGGAAAUGAAUUCUCAAGAUUUAAAAGGUUUGGGUGUUGAAUUGGCAAAAGAAAGGAUUAAAUUGAUCAAGAAUUUUUGGCGUAUUAAACGCAGAAUUGUAUGUAGUUCUCUUUUG